GGAACACCCGAUCGCCGACCGCGGGAUCGUUUAAUAUAGUCCGUAACUUGCUACGACUUUAAGAGAAUACAUAAGGCAGUAUUCUCCCAAGCAAAAGACAAUUCACUAAAAAAAAUAUAAUAUGAGAAAAACAGAACAAGAAGCGAUGUAUAUCACCUUUUCAUGAUUAGAAGACGCUGAAAUUCGCAAUGUCUGUUGCACUGAUUACAGCGGGGAGCGCCGGGCUCGGAGCCGCGGCAGUCCGGGUCUUCGCGAAGAAUGGCUUCCGAGUCAUCAUCAACUACGCCAAUAAUGAAGAAAGGGCUAAUAGGCUCUUGGAAGAAUUGCCGUCUCUGUCUACUCUACCAGCCGAUAAUUUUGUCGCCAUCAAGGCUGAUCUAGGCAGCCGGGACGAUAUCAACCGUCUUAUCAAGGAGAGUGUUGAUAGAUUUGGUAGACUGGAUGUCAUAUUCUCUAAUGGCGGUUGGACUCGGUUCCGCGGGAUGGAUAGCAUUGAUGACAAUGCAUACGAGGAAGAAUGGGAUCAUGCCUUUAAUAUGAAUGUAAAAUCCCACCUAUGGCUGAUGCAGGCCUCCAAGAAGUAUCUGGACGAAACCGAGGGCGCUUUCAUUACCACAGCGUCCAUUGCUGGUGUGGUCCCAAGCGGCAGUUCUCUGGCAUAUUCCGCUACCAAGGCGGCACAGAUCCAUAUGGUGAAAGCGCUUGCGAUUAUGGCUGCCCCCAAGAUUAGAGUCAAUACCGUGUCCCCUGGGCUACUGCUGACGGAAUGGGCAACCCGCUUUUCAGACGAGCGGAAAGAAGCCCACCUGCAAAAGACCAAGCUCAAGCGCUUCGUUAGCGUCGAGGAUGUUGCUGAACAAGUAUUUACUUUUGCAAAGAGCAAGAGCACGACAGGUAUCAACAUUGUGAUGGAUUCGGGGUUUAUUCUGUGAUCUCAUCACGGCGUAUGUGCUAGCUCUGCCUAGCAAAGGCGAGCAUAGCCUACUUGUACUUGGUUGGUACUCGGACACCCGCCUAUAGACUGAUAAAUAUAAAGUGUAAACUUAGUGAACAGGCGUAGUCAAAGCUUCGGUUCGAAUAAAGAGGCCGCAUGAUGACUGUAUGCUCUUGUGAUCGAUCAUGUGGAAUAAAUGUGUAGUUUGUGUCGCGGGUGGCUAGGUAGUCAUUACAUACCUAUGUAACUACAUAUGUACAUAGGUAAGUUAGGUAGGUAUGUAUGAGAAGGCUUAGCCAAGUGUAUAAAAAGCUCAGUACCUGCCUGCUAUAUGCCUCAGGUGCUAUAUUAACAUUGUACUAUGUACAAGUACCUUACAGUGAUGUACAUA